ACAACAAAAAAUGACAACUAUUUAUUCUGCUGCAGACAGUCUAUGUCCUAUAAUAUGCUGCCACCUCGCGGACAUAGCCCUUAAUUGCUGGAGGUCGUUUCCAUAGCAACGGUUGUUACCCGACCGCAACUGUGUCAGUAACGGGCGACAGUUCUUUCUGCGUAAUAUGGCUUCAAGCGUUUAGCGCUAGCUAGCUAAUUACCAAUUUUAGACUGUCAUUAAGUGGUAAGGUAAGUCAUUUGACGAGCAUCUGUAGAGAAAAGAUGGCUGGAGAGGGCAGUUUGGCGAAACUAGACGUUGGUGUAUUGAGUGCUGAACAGCAAGAGAAACUGCAACAGUUCAAGAUUAAGACGAGAAUUGACAACGAGAAGUAUUUGAGGUCGCAUCCAGAAGUAGAGGUAUUGAUUGGCGACUUUCUGAGAGAUGUGCUUCUUAAAACACCCGCUGACAUCCGUGAGUUUGCUGCAGAUCACUUCACCAACCCAAACCUCCAUGCAGUUAUUGGCUCCAAAAUGGAAGGAAACAUGAAGUGAAACACAUGCAGUCACGGUGCUUUUUCUUUGUGUCUUUCUUGGAUGGACUCCAUUUUAGGAACAACAAAGACAAUUGUGUUAGUCCAUUAAUUGUUCUAUUGUUUAUAAUGUCAAAUUUCCUAUCACACACACAGAGGAAGUUAGCUAAUAGGGAAGAUGGUAGCGGCUGGUCCUGUGAUUAAAGGUUAAUGAGAAGAGAAUGUCCUGUGUGUAUUACACACACAGUACACUGUGCCAUUUGUCACAUCAUGUUGUCACAUUACCAACAUGAUUGUGAAGGGAUUUACUGAAAGCUGUAGUUUAUGUUAACUGCUUGCAACUACCUUUUCCACCAGAACCAUCCGUCUUUGUGGUCUGCAUUGUGGUCCAAGUUGUUGAGUGGACAUACUAUAGUCAGUGGACAGUUUUUCUCUUUUCUGUCUGUCUGUCUUCUCUCAAAUUCUUUUUCCGAUGUUUAAUGUUCCUUAUUUUAAAUACAUAUUGCUUUUUGUGCCAUUGGACAAUUGGAUUCAUAUUUGUGUUGGAAAGAAAAAUUAUACACAAUUAGAACAAGUACACAUUUUAUGGAGAAAGUUUACUAUCUUUGAAUGUCUGAGAUUAAUGUGGGGUUUUCCCAUUGAACGGGAUUCAGCAUCUAGCCAACAUCACGCCUCUACCUGCAGUGGCCUUAACACUGAAGUGUGUUCUGUAUCACCGCUACAUUUUCGAAAGUUACUGCUUAUGGAGCUUUUACGAUGUAGUUAUCUUCCUUUGUUUGAUUUUGGCUAGGUCCUUUUAUGUGGCGUAACUGCCAUUGCUGUGAAUUGAAAUGAUGUAUGGUUUAAUAACUAAUAAUUACAUCCUGUUAUUUAACCUAAAAAAUAAAUAUACAACUUAUCGACCAA